AUGGACGGCACACGACAGCUUGGAGGUCCCUCACCGGACUACGAGUAUAUUACCCCGAUUGGCUUCUCGUACUAUGCGAUCGCCUCUUCUCUCAGUCCGGGCUACUAUCAGACCCUCCUCGAUCGCAGCUGGAGGCGGUCAGGGAAAAUGCUCUAUCGCCCAGACCAACGGAGAUCGUGCUGUCCGCAUUACACAAUUCGACUGGACUCUCACGAAUUCAAGGCCAACAAGGCGCAGCGCCAGACAAUAAACAAGUUCAACAAACAUGUGGUUGGUGAUGAAUAUCAAAAGGAGGUGGCUCGUCGCUACCCCAAAUCCCGCGAGGAAGCAAAACGUCGCGACAAUGAGUUUGUCCUGGUAGAUCGAAUCCACGAGGCCGAAUACGCUCAACUGCAGACGCCACCAGAGCCUGCCCAUAAGCUCGUUGUUUCUCUUGAGAGUGACGAAUUCACGGAAGAAAAGUAUGAAGUCUAUAAUAACUAUCAGAUGACCGUUCACAACGAUCCGCCCGAGAGUAGAACACGACGCUCUUUUACUCGCUUCCUGUGUAGCUCUCCCUUGCGGCAGGAAACUGCGACAGGGCCUGAUGGGAAGAAGCGCCGACUCGGCUCCUUUCACCAAUGCUACCGCCUUGAUGGGAAACUAGUUGCCAUUGGUGUUCUCGAUCUGCUUCCCGAUUGUGUCAGCUCCGUCUAUUUUCUUUAUGACGAGAGCAUUCACAAAUUCGCACCUGGGAAGUUAGGGGCACUUCAUGAAAUUGGGUUGGCUCAAGAAGGUGGUUAUCGUUGGUGGUAUCCCGGAUUCUACAUUCACAGCUGCCCAAAAAUGAGAUACAAGAUUGACUACUCACCACAGUACCUUCUUGAUCCAGAGUCUCUUGCGUGGGACCCCUUGGACAAGCAUGUUUUGAGCCUUCUGGAUAAGCAGCCGUUUGUCAGUCUCUACUUGCACCGUCAGAAGAAAGCCGAAUUAGGUGUUCCUGAUGAUUCACCUCAGACAGAAGAUCCUGCGCAGAAAUCAGAAGAGGGAUAUGGUGGAGGUUCCGGUGGCGACACAAAUGAGUCCGACGAUGAUGAUGCCGCAUUUUUAUUCAAUUCUGGAAUGCCAGGCAUCGCAACACUCGAGGACGUGGGCCUCGUCGACUUGGACAACAUUCCUCUUGUUGGCUCACUCGGAGGACCUCAAUUUAGAACAGCCGAUCUUGUUGGUUGGGAGACGAGCACCAUUGCACAAUGGCCAGGAAUCAAGGCUGGUAUCGCAGAACUAGUCGCAGCUCUCGGGACAGACUGCGUCGAUGUCUUGUGCAUCAACUUGGAUCGAAGUAGUUAA